UUUGUUCUUUUUUUAGUUAUAUUAUUUACUGCUUGUUUUUUUUUCUAGUUGUUGUAUCAUAUGUUUGAGGUUUAAGGUUUAAGGUAGUUGAUUUUUAGAUUAUGGUUGGUGGGGUUCUUUGUUGGAUGAAUAGAAAUGACCCAAUUUUACUACAGCUGAAAUAAUUAUGAUUAAACAUUAAGCUCCUGUUUGGCCAUAGAUUUUGAAGUUGAAACUUGAAAUUUGUGUGUUUAAAGAUGUGAUUUUUGGGAUUUGAAGUUGUAUUUGGACGUGCAUUUUACUUGGAAAAAGAUUGAAUUUUUGUUAGUAGAGGUACCAAAAACGGGUUUGAGCUUGGUUUUGUAAACUUGGAAAUAUUUGAAGAUCAGAUUUUGAAAGUCGGAUAAAAAUUUAUGGCCAAACGCUAGCUUAUGCUUACGGUUCAAAAAAGUUUGUAUCUUUUGAUUUGGCUUUUUGCUGGCAAUAGAUUUCUUGAUUCAGCCAUGACCCAGUUUUAGUUUUUUGAGUUCUGUAAUAAUUUUACUACUGCAGAAAUACUUCUGAUUAACAUUUAGGCUUAUGGUUCAAACAAAUUUACAGUUUUCAUAUUUAAUCUUUGCUUUUUUGCUGGCAAUAGAGUUCUUAACAAAUCUUUAAUUCUGGAUUAAAGUGGAGCUUAUAAUAUGUCUUAUCAUUUUCCUUUUCACCCAAGAUUGAUUCUUGAGUUAAAAAAUAAUAAUGAAAAUAAAAGCUUGAUUCUUGAGUUCAAAUAAAAAAUCAGUUUGCACUAGGAUCUGAGCAAGUCGCAUUGUAUCAUCAAGAAGAAUUGAACCGCAGAAAGUUUGCAUAGAUCCGAACACCAUUUAAGUGGAUGUAGACUGGACUGGCAUUUUCAAUUUGGCCAUCCGAUUGCGGAUGGUAAGCUGACCUAUGGUGCAAUUCAACUUUGUAGUGUUGCUUUAGUAGAUAAGUUAUUAUCGGCUGUGUGUCUAAACACAUGGAAGCAAUGGAGAAAUCGCAAAAUGUGUCAGAUUUUAUGGGAGCAACGCAUCUUAGAAAUAUCAUCCAAACUUUUUAUUCAAUCCGCUUCUGAAAUUAUACUAAGAAUUUUGAUAAGGGGAUUGUAGUUUAAUAUUUCAUCCUCUGGUGCGUCAUAACUGCUUCUGCCAAUCUGUAAGUACAACCAGAUGUGGCUGUGGAUUGUGGACUAUGACUACCUCUUACUCUGACUUCUAAUGAAACUGUGAUACUCAAUUUGUAAUUAAUCGCAAUCCAACUUGUUAAUCAAUAAAACUCCGAUAAAUUUUGAACUGAUUAGUCUACUCAAUUUACUGUUCAUAAAGCUACUAAGUACUAGGUAAGACUGGAUCUAUCUGGCUAUACCGCGGUGAAUAGAGAGUGACAUUACUUCAUUUACUUGAUGUUUCUCUUUGAGUUUUCUUUUUACAAAUGAUAUUAUCGUGAAAACAGUUAAUUUGAUCAUAUUUCUAAUUCCAUAUAACUCAUUAACUUUCACAUUAACGAAUCUCAUUAUGUUCAUACAAUUACUAACUUGAUAUUUUCUGGUUUCUGCAUCAUCUUUAUGGUUCAAUUGCUGGUUUUCACUUCUUGGAUAAAGUGCUUGCGGGGCUUGCCUUCAUGUUCUCGUCCAGUAUUUUGUUACAGAUCCUGGCUUGUGCUUUAUACAGCAAUUGGUGGCCAAUGUUAUCAGCUCUUAUGUACGUUGUGGUUCCCAUGCCAUGCUUAUUCUUUGGUGGUGGAUCCACACAGUUCCUAAUAAGUCGAGAUGGCGGGGGCUGGAUGGAUGCUGCUAAAUUCUUAACAGGGGCAUCAGCUGUGGGAAGCAUUGCCAUUCCCAUUAUUCUCAGACAUGCAGAUCUUAUCCAGACGGGAGCAAUGUUCAUCGAAUUCGUGUCAUUCUUCAUAUUUGUCUGCACAGUCAUGUGUUAUCAUCGUGCCAGUCUUGAUGACGAGUGGUGAUAUAAAAAUCGAGGCAUGGUUCCUCGACUGUAAUUACGUUGCGUGGUUCUAACAAACAAGAGAAAAUGCAAACAAAAGGGAGCUGAAAAGGAACCAAUGCUAGGAAAUGGAACUAGAAAUUUUAUUUACCAAUGUGUAUAACUUUGUCAAAUGUCACAUUUAUAAUUUCUUGAUGUGAAAGUUAUUUUCUCUAAGUUUGAAACCUUUUGCUGAUGGAACAAAGAUCAUAUUUUUAGUUACUAUUUGCAUAGAUAGUUGCUAAUACAUCAUAAAUACUCAAUUCUGUG